CUUUGCACUUCACCCCGGUAGCAGCUCCGCGGCCGGGGACAGCUUCCUUCGGUCCCUCCGCGGGCCUCGGUCCCGCCGCCCGCCAGCCUAGCUGGAUCAUGGGGUUCCCCAAGGGGCCAGAGGGCCAGGGUCUCCCGGAGGUGGAAACACGAGAAGACGAAGAACAAAAUGUCAAGCUGACUGAAAUUCUGGAGCUGUUGGUUGCAGCGGGGUACUUCAGGGCACGAAUUAAAGGCUUGUCACCUUUUGACAAGGUAGUAGGUGGAAUGACUUGGUGCAUCACCACUUGCAGCUUUGACGUGGAUGUUGAUUUGCUCUUUCAGGAAAACUCUACAAUAGGUCAAAAAAUAGCUCUCUCAGAAAAAAUUGUCUCAGUCCUGCCAAGGAUGAAAUGCCCACACCAGCUGGAGCCCCACCAGAUCCAGGGCAUGGACUUUAUUCACAUAUUUCCUGUUAUUCAGUGGCUGGUGAAGCGAGCCAUAGAAACAAAAGAAGAGAUGGGCGACUACAUCCGCUCCUAUUCCGUAUCCCAGUUUCAGAAAACCUACAGUCUUCCAGAGGAUGAUGACUUCAUAAAGAGAAAAGAGAAGGCCAUCCAGACAGUUGUUGACAUCUCAGAUGUGUACAAGCCCUGUCGAAAGUACAGACGCCAGCGGGGAGCAGAGGAGCUGCUGGACGAAGAAUCCCGAAUCCACGCUACGCUUUUGGAAUACGGCAGGGUCACUGACUCCUUGACGAAUCCAGACCCGUCUACUGCCAUCCCCUCUGUUUUCCUCCUCGUCUCUUCUCUUGAUAAGCGGAGGUAUUCUGAGAGUCUGAAAGCAGUGUUUCCACGGAGGUCCACAGUGCUCUCUGGCUUCCAGGCCAGCAUCCCAGCUUCUUCCCUCUAUUAUAUGACAGCCUGCUUCAGGCUGGGCAAUAGCUCCCUGGGAGCCCAGGAGGGUGGGUGGGAGGGCUGCUGCCCCCCAGGCUCGGACCCUGGGCAAGCGGGGCAGCAGGAGGUGCCAGCCACCUGUGGCCACCACAUCUCCUGCUGCAUUUCCAGCCUGCUCCGCCAGGGACCUUACGUGGGUGUAGAAGCUCAGUCUGAGUUAUCCGCUGAAGAUAGUCCAGAAAAAUUAGGAGCCUCCCAGCUACAUCAUCGGAAAAUCAUUUCCUUGAACAAGCAGAUUCGGAGCCAGGGUGCGCUGCCUGGCCUGCUGGUUGUUCCUUACACGGAUCCCAACCCUGCAGACCAGCCCUUCCUACGUCCGUUAACUCCGGAAGCCCUGACAGUGUUGAAAAGUUACAGUGAGAAACUGGACAAAGAACAAGCAGCCCUCGAGAAGAUAGAAUCCAAAGCUGAUCCAAGCAUCCUGCAGAACUUGAGAGCACUUGUAGCCAUGAAUGAAAAUCUGAAAAGUCAGGAGCAGGAAUUUAAAGCACAUUGUCGAGCUGACUCCUUCCACCCCGACCCCGAGUUUGUGUGCUGGUUAAACCUCCGCUGGUUUUCUUUCAGAGCCAUGGCGUCGCCUGCUUCCCGGGACCAGUUUCUACGUCAGAUGGAACAGAUCGUGGAAGGAAUUAAGCAAAGUAGAAUGAAGGUCAGAUGGCCUCUUUGUCUUGCCCCCAAAUCUUGAAGUUUGAUCUUAGAGAGCAUUGC